AUGGUGACCGUGGAUUUUCUGCUCGUGUCGCUCAGGCUCGGCUGGAUCUUCGCCGCCAUUCGCGGCGGCGGCUUCCUGGCUGGCGUGGCCGUCGCGGCGGUCACCGCCGGCCUGCUGUCCGCGCUCGCGGCGGCCCUCGUCCACUUCGUGGCCCCCGUCUGCGCGGGCUCGGGGCUGCCUGAGGCGAAAGGGUAUCUGAACGGCGGCGCCGUGGCGGACAUGUCCGACUGGAGGAACUUGCUGGUUCGCGUGUGCGGAGUGGUCCUUGCCGUGUCCUCUGGCCUCCCGGUGGGGCGCGAGGGCCCGAUGGUCUGCAUCGGGGGGGCGCUGGGCAUCGGGGCGGUGUGGUUCUUCGGCCUGUCCCACCUGAGGAACUGGGCGUACCUCGUGGGCAAGCAGUCCGCCAUGGAGGACAUCCUGCUGCAGGAGGAGCAGUUCGCCCGCGCCAAGAGGGUGGGCUGCGUGCUCGGGGGUGUCGCGGGC